AUUUAUCCUUUAAGCCAUUUAGGGCAGUGUAUGAAAUUUGUUUGAUAUUAAGUUUUUUAUUAGCCACUAAAGUACCAAGAUAUUUUGAAAGUCUGACACCGUACGUACAUUUACAGGUGCUGAGUGCAGAACCUUGGAGUGCCAAUCUUCGCAUCGUCAUGCUGGAUGUUACAGAAAUCUCAAGACAAACGUUUCAAUUGAAGAACGGAGGUGGGUACAUCAAUGGUGUGUUCAUCAUCGAUCCAUCAGAUGCAGGGAAGGAAAGCAUCGAAAAAGGCAGUGCACGCGAUAACCAACAGAAGCAUGCCUCGAUGCCGACCAGAAGCCUGUUGGUCGUUAUUCGCCAAAGCCAAUGGAUGCUGCCGUUGAUCUACACUCACAUCUGGAUGUCCGCUGCCUUUGCAAUCAUGCAACCAUUUUUCCCGCCUUUGGCUGCUGCUGGUGGUCUGGAGGCGUGGAAGUACGGCUUUUUCUUUUCUGCCACUAAGGUCGCGAUGUUGCUGGGAUCUGUGCUAAACCAACGGCUUAUGGCCAUUACAUCACCACGGAAGUGCUAUUUGGCGGGACAGAUUGGUUUUAUGCUAUUUACUGUUCUUCUAGGGCUUAUGUACUGGUCACCCGGCGGCAAAGUUUUCCUUGGCCUCUGUCUAGUACUCGCCAUCGUUGGUGGCUUCUUUUCUACCGUGUACAUCGUUUCGGCGUACUCUGUUGUCACUGCGGAGUUUCCGGUGCACACGGGACUCAUAAUUUCUACAAUGGAAUUCAUGUGGGGCGCAGGAUCUAUGAUCGGGUCUGGCAUCGGCGGGGUGCUAAUUGACGCCUGGGCUUUUCCUCUGCCCUUCUUCGUAAUGGCAGCACUGGUGAGCUUUUCACUCCCAUGGACGACCCGCUCACCAAAGAUACCCGACAAACCUCUAAAAGAGGUUGAACAGCAUUCAAGCUCCGAGUCUCCAAAAAACCAGGAGAAUUUGUGCAAGCUACUCAUCGACCCUGUGUUCAUAAUUGACAUGGUUACGGUGAUGUUAAGUUGGAUCAUCAUGGGAUUUAAUGAACCUACAUUAGAGCCACACCUGAGACAGUUUGGCAUAGACACAACUGAGCUUGGUGUCGUAUUCAUGGUUCAGUUCGCAAGCUAUACUAUCGCAGCCCUUGUCCUUGGCAUUUUGUGCCAAUUAAAGAUGGACGCGUUCUGUGCCUUUUUGGGCCAGCUUGUGACAGUAUUCGCUUAUCUUAUUCUGGGGCCAGCGCCCUUCAUCACAACAGAAGCGAGUAUGUGGAUGGUAUACCUAUCUCAAGUGUUCACGGGAGCAGGCAUGGCCGGGCAAUUUGUUUGCAGCUAUUGUCAUUCAUUGAAGUACGCUGUGGCAAGAGGAUACUGUGACGACAUAAAGACAACAUCGUUCAUUUCCACCAUAGUAAUUACAAGUCUGGUGCUUGGGGCUACAGUGACACCUCCAAUUGCCGGAUACCUUGUUGAAAGAUUCGGCUAUAAAUCAGGAUCAAUGUUUUUGUUUGGACUUCUAGUGAUAUGGACACCAGUUACGCUCAUCCAGUGGUUGGCGUCAUCAUGCAGCAACAGAAGAAAGAAACAAUCAAAGUUAACAACUGAUUCACAGAUAUCUGCAUGCUGACGCAGCACAUGUAAUUUAUGUUCAGCUGAAAACAUUCUAUAAUGUGGUCUACUCCAUACCAUCAUCGAAAACAAGCCUGAGCACUCAGCUAGAAUAACGUCUCCGAAGUAAUUACUAAGCGCGCGUUACCCUUUGUAUCGGCAGGGCAUAUAUAUUCACUGAGUCGACAGGA